AUGACCCUCGCCGCCUACAAAGAGAAGAUGAAGGAGCUCCCACUGGUGUCCUUGUUCUGCUCCUGUUUUCUGGCCGAUCCUCUGAAUAAAUCAUCCUAUAAAUACGAAGGCUGGUGUGGGAGACAGUGUAGGAGGAAAGAUCAAAGCCAGCGGAAAGACAGUGCUGACUGGAGAGAAAGAAGAGAGCAGGCAGACACAGUGGAUCUGAACUGGUGUGUAAUUUCCGACAUGGAAGUCAUUGAGCUGAACAAAUGUACCUCGGGCCAGUCCUUUGAAGUCAUCCUGAAGCCACCUUCCUUCGAUGGGGUCCCCGAGUUCAAUGCUUCCCUACCCAGGCGGCGAGACCCAUCACUGGAAGAGAUCCAGAAGAAACUAGAAGCAGCUGAGGAGCGAAGAAAGUACCAGGAAGCUGAGCUCCUGAAACACCUAGCAGAGAAACGAGAACACGAGCGGGAGGUGAUCCAAAAAGCCAUUGAGGAAAACAACAAUUUCAUCAAGAUGGCUAAGGAAAAACUGGCCCAGAAGAUGGAAUCCAAUAAGGAAAACCGGGAGGCCCAUCUUGCUGCCAUGUUGGAACGGCUGCAAGAGAAGGAGCCGCCUGCUGCGCGGUGA